AUGUCAGUCAUAGAUCAAGCUAGCAGACUCUCAGGUCAUUCCGGCUCAGUAAAGCUUUGGCGUUACGAUUGGUGUUCGCCUCCCAAGAAUGAAGACGAAAACGAUCAAGAAAACUACGACUUCCAGUUCAAGAGAUGGCAAAGAGUUCCAAAAGUGAAUAACGAAGCUUCUGAUAGUAGUAACGGUUUGGAUGAUGAUCAGGAUUAUCUAGAUUUGAAUUUAUAUGACCGGUUUAGGGCUUCAGAUGGGGGAAAAGUCCCAAGCCAAAUUAGUUCUACGAACAAACCCGCAUCUGGAUUGACAAUGGAUGAUAUUAGAGGUGCAGUUGGAGGUGUAGAAUCGAUACCAGGAUUUUCUAGUUCAGAUACAGUCUCUAAAAAGGAAACGGAGAAACCUGCUAGUACUGAAGACACUAAAGACACGAAAGACACGAAAGCAUCUGAAGAAAGUACACCCGCUAAUACAGAAGGAUCAAAAGAUGCCAAUGCUCAAGAUGGUGAUGGAGACGUUAGUAUGGAUUGA